CAGGCGUUUCCCCCUUUGACAGCGUGUUCUGCGCUGCGGGGAGCCUGCGGAGAGGUGCGUGCCUGAGACAGCUGGCUGAGGGGGCUCCAGGGAAGCAGUCGGAGCAGGGUAUGUGUGCUGAGCAUGGAGGGCGAUGAAGAGGAAGACUACAUGUCCGAUUUGUUUAUUAAGCAGGAUGUCAGGCCAGGCUUGCCCAUGGUGAGGCGGAUGAAGGAAGCUAUUCAGAAAGAGGAAAAGCAAAAAGAAGCCAACGAGAAGAACAGGCAAAAGAGUAUAAAAGAAGAAGAAAAAGAGAGACGUGACUUGGUAUUGAAAAGUGCAUUGGGUAAUGAGAACAAAGGCUUUGCUUUGCUGCAGAAGAUGGGUUACAAGAGUGGCCAGGCCCUUGGCAAAACUGGAGAAGGCAUUGUUGAACCUAUUCCUCUGAACAUAAAAACAGGCAGAAGUGGGCUCGGUCACGAGGAAUUAAAGAAAAGAAAAGCUGAAGAAAAGCUGGAAAACUAUAGGAAAAAAGUCCAUAUGAGGAAACAGGCAAAUGAACAAGCUGCAGAUCAGUUCAGAUUAAGAUUCAAAAACAAACAAGAAGAACGUAAAAUGGAAGGGGACCUCCGAAGAAGCCAAAGGGCCUGCCAGCAAUUAGACAUACAAAAAGAUAUUGAUGUUCCUAAGGAGCCGUGGUAUUGGCUAGAACCUGAAGAGGAAGAUGAGAAAGAUGAGAAUGACAAAGAAGAUGAAUGCACAAGCUCAGACAUAAGUGUACCAGAAAAGCUACACCUCCUGACUGCGUAUUUAAGAGAACACCACUUCUAUUGCAUUUGGUGUGGAACAACCUAUGAAGACUCUGAAGAUUUAUCUUCAAAUUGCCCUGGAGACAGUGCUGCAGAUCAUGACUAAAGCUUUUCCAAAGGAAGGAACCUUAGAUGAGUAAGAGUCCCAAGUGAUUGCUUUCAGAAGUAUGCUGUCCUGGUCUGCAGCUGGUGAUGUGACCUUUUUGGAUGACGAGCUCCUCAAUGGCAGAAGCUUGCUGUUGCUUCUGACAUUUACUGUUAUUUCAUCAGUUUCAAAUGCUGUCAAGUUCUGGAUUUAAGCACAGUCUGAAAGCCUUUUAAAAGGACAUGUACUGAGUGCGAGCUUUCAGUGACUUGUCUUUAUCAAUGUCCUUGAAAAAAUGCAGUAUUUCAGAUGCAGAGUAUCUUCCUGAAGGGUCUUUUGAAAGCAUCUUUUUGAUUAUGGGUGCCUGCAAGAAGAAAUUAGACAUCAAUAUGUUGGUUUUUAGGAGCAAAUAAGGUAACUGAAAUACUGUAUUAAAAUCCCAUACCUCCACUGGAAAUCCAUCAGUGAAGCUCUCUGGAAGUUGCCCUUCUCUAAUGUCAGGCCAUACCUGAAAUUCAUGAAAGAGGACAGUAAGUUUUCAGCAACUGUGGUUUGCAUCUCACUUUAUGACCUAUGUAUUUAAGUAAUUACAAAAAUGCAAAUGACCAAAAAAGGGUAAAACUUCAAAAGAAAGUAACUAUGAACAGUUUGAAAAUGUUUCCAUUCAGUUGUUGCUUUCGUACACUGUUAUCACUUUUUAAACUUAAAAGCUUCACACUCUACAGUGAUGUGUUUGUUUCAGCAAUCUUCACUGUUUCAGAACCAUUAUCCUUUCCCUCACUGAGAAGUGGUGGCCACUUUAAAAAAAAAAAGCAAGAUGACUAAAUUUCAUGCUUUGGAUGUGCUAUUUGCAAGCAAAGCAUCUCUGCUUCCUCCCUUUUACCUUAUUCAGUACCACACAUUUAUUUCUAUGUCAUUGAGCUAAAUGAUAGGUGGAGUUCAAAGCAACUUAGAGAGAAUUUCCAGUUAGAUACGUGGAGAAAAUGGGCUUGAGUUAUAACUAUUUCAUUCCACAUGAUACAGCUUUCUGGGCAAACAUUGGCCACAUUGUUCACUUUGCUGCUGAUCAGUGUAAUCUCUAUCAGAAGAUGACGACAGUCAUAUUGUCACAUACUGAGCUAUGGAUCAUGAAGCAUUAGCUAGUUUUAUGGAUGCUCUAACUUGGCUUAGCAAGCCCUUAUAACCAGCAUCCAUCAGAAAAACAGCUCCCAUGAACAAACUUUCCUGUUCAGCAGCAGUUUUAGGCCCUGUGACUCUACUGGCUGGUGCUCAUCAGCCAAAUCAGCUACUCAGCUCACAAUCAUCUUUGCCUUUGCACAGUGUUCUUUCAGGAGGGCUUGCCUGCACCAUACAACAGACUAUCAUGCUUUAUCAAGUGAAAGUACUUUCUAAGCUGAUGGAUCAUCUGAAGACCUUCAUAGCACUCCCCAAUCCAUAGGACUUCCCCACCUGCAUACAGACAAGAUCCUACGGAAACAAGACUAACUAACUGGUAUUGCCCUUUUGACUGUGAACACCAUGGGACUGUUGCCAUUUGUAGUCAGCUGUGAGCAGGAACACCUUGUCUUGGGAAACACUGUGAAGUAACUAAACAGAGCUAAGUUGAACCUGAAAGCCAAGCAGACACAUUGGUUUGGCUUUCUUAUAUUGGCAAAAGGACCAAGCUAGCAGCAUUAUACGCUGCUGGGUCCAGCCACAUACACUACAUUGUAUAUUAAAGCUAUUUUAAACAA